CCAAGCUUUUCAAAUCGGCCAUUUUGUUAAUUGAUGAUGUUUUUCAUUAGUUUGGUUAUCAUAACUAAAGUGUUUAAAAAUAAAUAAAGUGUUAAUUAUAAAUAUAUAGUGUACCUUUCAAAAGUAUUUUCUAAAUACUUAAUAAUGCAAUCAAAUAGUGGGGCGAAAAAUCCGCCUUGGGCGAGAUCAAAUGUGAAUACAAACAUUACCGGCAUAAACCCGCAAAUAAUGGAUCCGAAUUCAAUGAUGACACAACAAGGCAUGAUGCCUUUUCAACAAACACAAACAGUAUUUAAUACUGGCAUGAUGCAAGCUCAAAGUGGUAUAGGAAUGCCGAUGGCAGGACAAAUGCAAAUGAAUCAAAUGACUCAAGGUCAGAUGUACCCGGGCAAUGUUGUUGCGUACCCAGCACCACGUGGUAUGAACCCGGGUUUGUAUCAAAACGCACAACCUAAUCAACCACAACAGGGAACUGAACAGCGGGUAUUUACGGGCACAGUCACUAAGACUCAUAAUGAUUUUGGUUUUGUUGAUCAUGAUGUUUUCUAUCAAACAUCUGUUUGUGCAAAAGGUAUUAUACCUAAGAUCAACGAUCGGGUGCUAGUUGAAGCAACUUAUAACUCUAACAUGCCUUUCAAAUGGAAUGCUACCCGUGUACAAGUUUUGCCGAAGUCUAAUCAUACUCAGAAAUCGAAUCCUCCUAAAUCUAGUUCUUACAAUGCUGUGCCUCCACCAUCGUCCAAAAAGCCUUUGCCAUCGCGACGUGACGAACGGCCGUCGCGCAGAGAGGAAAGGAAACGAUCUCGAACAAGGAGUCGUUCACGAUCCCGUGAACGACGUGACAGUCGCAACCGUAGAGAUUCUCCACCACGUAAACGUCCAGUUGUCCAUCAGCCAUCACCCGUGAAGUAUGUUCGAGUUCCUCGGAUGCCACUUGAUAUUCAUAAAGCCGAUGUACCUGGACUAUCACAGAGGUAUAACAAUCUAUAUAUACCAUCUGAUUUUUUCAAUGCACAUGUAAGAUGGGGAGAAACAUUCCCACCACAAGCACCAUUUUCACUCAAUAAUCCAUGUUCAUAUCAUAUUAUGAGCAAAGAGACGGAAAAUCCAAACCGUAAUGAUUCUGUUCUGGAACCACCUGAUGCUGAUUAUAGAUUUUCAGCCAAGGUGAUGUUAAUCAGCAUGCCAACUUUGGAAUCUCUCUAUCAAAAGUGUGGUCUAACAAGAGGAGAUGAUAAAGAUAAACGAGUGACUAAAUCACCGUUGCAUCCCACGCGAUUGAUCAAGUUUCUUGUAGGACAGAAGGGGAAAGGAGGUGAAAAUUUUGCAAUAGGUGGUCCUUGGAGCCCUUCCUUAGAUGGUGAAAAUCCUCAGUCCGAUCCUGGAGUGUUAGUGAAAACUGCAAUACGUACAUGCAAGGCACUCACAGGCAUAGAUUUAUCAUCCUGUACCCAAUGGUACCGAAUGGUGGAGUUUUACUACUGGCGCGAGAGCAGCGGCAAGUCCAGACUCGAGUGUGUGGUGUUGUUCCUGCCGGACGUGUGGUCGGCGCAGCCGUCGCGUGUCGACUGGACCACGGUUCAGGAGCGAUAUAAAGCAGCGUGCGACGCGACAUUACGUCAGCUCGACGGCGACGAGCCGGAGCCGGACCCCAAGGGCGACGCGCCGGGGCCGAGUUGCGAAGAUUCAGCGGAGAAAUCCCAAAUUGAUGCAACAAGCUUUGAGAAUACAACAAUAACCAUUGAUGAAAACUAUGAGGACUAUGAACUGAAACCGGAGCCAACACACUAUUCAAAUAUUAACUUGCGUAGUCUAACAGUGGAACAACUGCGACAAGAACUACAGGCUCGGAAUGCUAAUUCCACAGGUCUCCGAACUCAAUUAAUGUCCCGUUUGUCAAAACUUCUUAAAAUUGAAAAAGAAAAGGACGGUAAAGAUGAGGACAUUAUGGAGGUAGAAGAUGAUGAAGCAGAAAAUAAAAAUGAAAACGCUGGACAAACAGAAAAUAAAAAUCAUGAGGAAGAAAGUGACACGAAAGAAGAGGCACAAGUGGAAAAUAACACUGCAAUAAUGCAACAAGAAGACAGCAAAAACAACAAAGAUAAUUCUGUAGAAAUAGAAGCAAUUGAAAAAAAAGAAGAAAAACCUAAAGAACCUAAAACUGAAAAGGAAUUAGAGGAAGAAAAGAAAAAGUUGGAGAAAGAAAAACAAGCAGUCAAGUUACGAUAUGAGUUGCCAUCUACACCUCACAUCAUUGUACACCCGUCCAAUACAGCCAAGAAUGGCAAGUUUACUUGCAGUGUUGCUACUCUAUCAUUGUUAUUGGAUUACAGAAUUACAGACAACAAGGAACAUAGUUUUGAGUUAUUUGUAUUUGCGGAGUUAUUUAACGAAAUGCUGAUGCGAGAUUUUGGUUUCUACAUAUACAAAACUCUUUACACACUGCCCGAAAAAACUGAAGAUGUGAAAGACAAGGAGAAGACAGAUGAAAAGGUAGAGAAGAAAGAUGAGAAAAAGGUAGAAGAGAAGAAAGAUGACAAAAACAAUGACAAGGAUAGGAAAGAAGAUAGAGGCAGAGAUUCAAGAAGACGUGAAAGAAAAGAUUCGCACAGUGAUGAUGAAAGAAGUAGUUCACCAAAGCGCAAGAGUCGCGGAGUGGAUCUACCUCCGGACCCGUACCUGCUGUUAUCUCUCGUGUACUUUGAUACAUCUCGUUGUGGCAACAUCUCUAAGAAGGAUUUACAGAAUCUGUUCAUGAGCCUUGGCUUACAACUGUCUAGGUCACAGAUACGAGCUAUACUUGAGAAAGUCUGCAUAAAAGAUACAUUUAGCUAUAAGUUACUAACACAAGCUAUCAAAGACCUGGCUUCGGGAGCUGGAGAUGCUAUGCAGGAUCUACCACUAGAUACAUCAGCUGCUAGCGACGUCCCACCUCAUAUUGCUGAACUAGAAGCUGUUAUCGCUGCAGGUAAUCGGGAACUUUUGCCUGUAUUUGGUAAAGCAGUCGAUGAAGAUGGCAAAGAGAAGUCAGUUACUGCAGAUGUCAGUGAUACAGGUAUUGUGGUAUACAAGUCGCGGGUGAUAGACGUGGGUGCGAUGGUGGAGGCGGCCGGGCGGGCGGCGGGCGAGCGCGCGCGGCUCGACGCUGCGCUGGAGAACGCGCGCGCGGCACUGCGAGCUGCGCGCGCCGCCGCCGCCUCCACGCAGCAGGCGGAGCGCGGUGCGCAGACACAGCUCUCCGACCUCAGCGCGCAGCUCGCCGCCGCCAAGGCCAAGCUCACAUCGCUCACUGCAAGUUCCAAGAUAUUCCAUUCAACAUUGAAAAGUAUUCAGAGCAAAGUAGAAGCGGUCGUCAACAUCAAGUACGACGAUGACGAUGACGUAGUCGAAAUUAUUAAUGGACCUUCUAAAGAGGAAAAACAAACAAAGGCUGAAAAAUCAAAAUCUGAAGUUGAAAAAGAUGUAGAAAAAUCUACAGAUAAAAGUGAAGUUAAAGUUAUUGAUGACAUUAAGUUGCAAGAAAGUGAUGGAAAAGACAAAGAAAGUGAAAUAACUUCAGUGAAUAUGGACAUUGAUGAUAGAGAAUAAGUUACAAUAUUAAGACCGACAAAGUUAUCUGACCCGGUGGGCAAAAGAAAACUGAGUUAUGUCAGCUUACUACCGCACUGUUGAUGUCGAAAAAGGUGAAAUUUUUUAAUACUAUAUAUGUAGGUUUUACAUAUUUUAUAACUGCAAUAACAGCACCUCUCAACGGGAAAGAUAUCAUUGUUGGACUAAUUGA